GUAGGGGGCUCUGCGCUGACUGUCACUCUGUCUUAGGUACACGUCAUGCAAACAGCAGCUAUAAGCUCCUGAGCAUGCGCGGAAGUGACUCCUUCUGCUGCAGCGGUGUAAAGAGAAACAGUACACGAUGUUUAAGUUGCUGACCGUACUUCUGGUUCUGGUCCUGGCUCUUCUGAGUCCAGGUUCAGGAGAGGAAGGAGCCCGUCUGCUGGCCUCCAAGUCUCUGCUGAACCGGUAUGCUGUGGAGGGCCGAGAUCUGACCCUGCAGUACAACAUAUACAACGUAGGCUCCAGUGCUGCUCUUGAGGUGGAGCUGUCUGAUGACUCCUUUCCUCCAGAGGAUUUCGGGAUUGUUUCAGGGAUGCUCAACGUGAAGUGGGACAGAAUCGCUCCAGCAAGUAAUGUCUCUCACACCGUGGUGCUGCGCCCCCUUAAGGCUGGAUACUUCAACUUCACCUCUGCUUCAGUCAGCUACCUGGCCCAGGAGGGUGGGCAGGUAGUGGUUGGGUAUACCAGCGCUCCCGGGCAGGGUGGCAUCCUUGCUCAGAGAGAGUUCGACCGCCGCUUUUCCCCCCACUAUCUGGACUGGUGUGCAUUCGGUGUCAUGACUCUGCCGUCCAUUGGCAUCCCACUGAUCCUCUGGUACUCCAGCAAGAGAAAGUAUGACUCCCCAAAGAACAAGAAAAACUAACCAGGAACACACACACACAGUGUGGGGAUGGGGUCUGAGAUGGGGGGGGGGUCCUGUGAGGAGGAUAAUAACCCAUAUUGGGGUCAGUUGGAUGAUCAAACGGAGCAGUGAGGUGAUGAGGAUUUCAUGUGAUUCCGAGUUUAAUAAACUGAAAUAAAAGAAACAGGUUGUUGUCACGUCGAGCUGCGUCGGUCUCACUAUUAAUUAAGAAACAUGACCUUAGAGUCUGUGUUGCUGUUAGAAACAUGUCUCAGAUCAUAACAUUUACAAAGUUUUUUAAUUCUGUUUCUGUCACAAAAAAACACGUUUUCGGAUUAAAUUCAGACUGGAAGGGAAGAGCUAGAUGCUGAUCUUCAAAAUAAAUGAAUAAAAUCAAGCUGUUUUUUUCUAAA